AUGUACUUAAUAGUUUUCUUUCUUUUUCACUCCUAUUUACAGGUCAAUGGAACAGAAAUUGAAUAUGAAUUUGAAGAAAUUACAUUGGAGAGGGGGAAUUCUGGCCUGGGAUUCAGUAUUGCUGGAGGGACAGAUAACCCCCACAUUGGAGAUGACCCUGGCAUAUUUAUUACGAAGAUUAUACCAGGAGGUGCUGCAGCAGAGGAUGGCAGACUCAGGGUCAAUGAUUGUAUCUUGCGGGUGAACGAGGUUGAUGUGUCAGAGGUUUCCCACAGUAAAGCAGUGGAAGCCCUCAAAGAAGCAGGGUCUAUUGUUCGGCUGUAUGUGCGGAGAAGACGACCCAUCUUGGAGACUGUUGUGGAAAUCAAACUGUUCAAAGGCCCUAAAGGUUUAGGCUUCAGUAUUGCAGGAGGUGUGGGAAACCAACACAUUCCUGGAGAUAACAGCAUUUAUGUAACUAAAAUUAUAGAUGGCGGAGCUGCACAAAAAGAUGGAAGGCUGCAAGUAGGAGACAGACUACUAAUGGUAAACAACUACAGUUUAGAAGAAGUAACCCAUGAAGAGGCUGUAGCAAUUUUGAAGAAUACAUCAGAUGUAGUUUAUCUCAAAGUUGGCAAACCCACAACUAUUUAUAUGACUGAUCCUUAUGGUCCACCUGAUAUUACUCACUCUUAUUCUCCACCAAUGGAAAACCAUCUACUCUCUGGCAACAAUGGCACUUUAGAAUAUAAAACCUCCCUUCCACCCAUCUCUCCAGGAAGGUACUCACCAAUUCCAAAGCACAUGCUUGUUGAAGACGACUACACCAGGCCUCCGGAACCUGUUUACAGCACUGUGAACAAACUGUGUGAUAAGCCUGCUUCUCCCAGGCACUAUUCCCCUGUUGAGUGUGACAAAAGCUUCCUUCUCUCAGCUCCCUACCCCCACUACCACCUAGGCCUGCUCCCUGACUCUGAGAUGACCAGUCAUUCCCAACACAGCACUGCAACCCGUCAGCCUUCAAUGACUCUCCAACGGGCCAUCUCCCUGGAAGGGGAGCCCCGCAAGGUGGUCCUGCACAAAGGCUCCACAGGUCUAGGAUUCAACAUUGUAGGUGGGGAAGACGGAGAAGGCAUUUUUGUAUCCUUUAUCCUGGCCGGUGGACCAGCAGACCUAAGUGGGGAGCUCCAGAGGGGAGACCAGAUCCUAUCGGUGAAUGGCAUUGACCUCCGUGGUGCAUCCCAUGAACAGGCAGCUGCUGCACUAAAGGGGGCUGGACAGACAGUGACGAUUAUAGCACAAUAUCAACCUGAAGGUCAGUCAGAGCUGAAACUUACAAUGUUCUGAUAUGUCUCUGUGUGAAUGUGCACCCACAUUCGGAUCAUCUGUAUUACUAGAGUCACCACCAGUAAUGUUUUAUGAAACUACCUAUAGUGAAACAUUGGUGGUUCAAAGAAUAUGAAGCUUUUUUACCCCUAAUAAUCCUCCAGUAAAAUGUCAGGCAAUUACAAAGACCUGUAUGAAAAUCUGAAUUCAAACAAAUAGCGACCAGCAUC